ACUUUCCCUGGGGGAGAAUUCAGUGGGGCUUACUCCCGAGGAGGCUUGGUUAGGGUCGUGUAGGGGAGGGAGGGGGGUCUCUUCAGAUUAUUCUUCUCACUGCCUCUCCCCCCACACCCCGUCCCCCGCUUACAUAACCUGGGAGAGGGGCGAGGAAAAGGGGGAGAAAUGAUAUGGGAGACCACCCCCCUCUUUUUGCCUACAGCCCCACCUUAGGAAAGAGUUGGGGCGAGCUCCCCCCCCCUACAAAGAAAAAGGCUCUUUGGGCCAACUUGAAGGAAGGAAAGGGGAAUUCUAUGGGGAUGUAACAGGCUCUAGGGAGGGGUGCGUGUGUUCCUGCCCCCCACCAGGGGACCUUACUCUUUUUGGUGGGGGGGAUAGGGGUCUUAGGCAGCCCCUCUUCCCUUUACUUCCCCCAGAAGGAGGGUUAGAGGAAUAUGUGGGGAGGGUGAAAUGUUGGGGGGGGGUAUAAUCCCCUUCAGAGGACUUUGCCCUAUGGAGGGCACAGGGCUCUAAAAUUGCUUGUUUAUUUGUCCCCUUCACACAAAGGAAAGGAGGGUGAAAGAAUGACAAGGGAAGCUUUUGCUUAAAUACUUUUAGUUCCCUUCAGAGCACUUUACACUAGAGGAGGAGGGGGGUUGGGGAAUGCUUCCUCUUCUUACACCGCCCCCCCCAAAGGGUAAAGUUUUAUGCUUCAAGUGGUAGACUUCAGGGAAGAUAAGAAGGAAAAGGGUAUUGGGAGAGGCGAAAGAUCUUAGGGGUGCCUUCUUUUUCUUCUUUGACACCCCCUCCCCAAAGCUGAAGGAAGGGUUAGGGGUUAUAUGGACAGCUGCCACUUAAAGACUGAAAGGUUUUUGGCUGGGUAAGAGGAAAAGAGGGAAGACCAAGAACCUUCUCUCUCUCUCUCAAAUAGGGACCGACCCCAGUUCACACACUCAUGAGGUAAUUGAGAGGCAGGAGGUUCACUGGGAAACCUCUGCUUAAAGGCAAGGGUGGGUAUCAGAAAGACCACAGGGCAAUUUCUGGUGGGCCCCUUAUUUGUUAUUUUAACUUGCCUGCUAGUUGCUGCAGUUCCUUACUAAAGAGUCCAGGCUAGAUGGGCCUUGAUCUGGCAAAACUCUUUCUAGCCUCUUAAAAUGGAGAGCGCAGACUUGGGACACCUGGUUAGUUGUACCUUAACCCUUUGGAGAUCCUGAAAGUGCACUCCUAUUCUUCAACUUAGAACACAUCAUGGAAAGGUCACUAGAAAAAGAGUAUGGCUCAAGAAACCAACCAUAGCCAAGUGCCUAUGCUUUGUUCUACUGGGUGCGGAUUUUACGGAAACCCUCGUACGAAUGGCAUGUGUUCGGUAUGCUAUAAAGAACAUCUUCAACGGCAGAAUGGUAGUAAUGGUAGAAUUAGCCCACCAGCAACUUCUGUUAGUAGCCUAACUGAGUCUUUACCAGUUCAAUGCACUGAAGGCAGCAUCCAGGAAACUUCAUCAACACUAGAUUCUACACCUGUACCACCUAUGCAGCCAAGCCCUGUGUCAAGCCCAUCAUCACUCUUAGCAGAAUCUGUAGCAACAUGUGAAGUGGAAAGUACAGACAUAGUGGACAAGGCAGGACCUGAAAGAGAAGAUGUCCAAGAACCAACAUCAGUGGACCUUGCCGAAACAAUUUCAAUAGACAGUACCGGAGAGGAAUUGUCGAUGGAUAACUCAGAUUUACCUGACACUACCAGGGGCUCAGAAACAGAGUGUGAUUAUGAUGCAAGCAUAGAAACUAAUAUAGAUGAUCCCGAUUUCCCGGAUGAGAACUCGAGAGUGAAAACGAAGAGGCGCGAUACAGAUUUAACACUAAACACAGUAGCUUCAGCAUCAGAUAGCGCAGAGCCAUCCUCUGAAGAACAAGAGAAAUCACUCGACAAACCAAAACAGAAAAAAACUCGCUGCUUCAUGUGCCGGAAGAAGGUUGGGCUUACCGGAUUUGAAUGCAGGUGCGGCCACGUUUACUGCGGCGUCCACCGCUACUCAGACGUUCCACGGUUUGGCUCUUACCAAUUUACCAAAGCGGACGACAUGCCGACGAAGUAUCCAGAAAAAGAGAAUCCUGUAGUCGUCGGGGACAAGAUCCAGAAGAAUUUGAACUCUGCCUACACUCUAGCUGGAAUUCAUGCAUCCGAAUCAUGCAUUGUCAUCCGAGAGCAUAGGUUCCCCCCGUUCCUCCCUUUUACGAACAUGAGCUAA